CAAUAAAAAAUCCACUGUUGAAACGGCGCCAAUAUGAAAUCGGCGUUUUGCCUUCUCUCGUUUGAUAAACCCUAACCGCUGCCUUUCCCCUACGAUUCUCCGCAUUCCCCCUCUCUUCGCCGGCGACAUUCUUCGGAAUUCCAGUCUACUCCGGAGACACCCGGGGUUUCCUUCCCUCUCCGCCGCUCUCUGUUUGUCAUCUUCUCCAUUUUCGAUGGCGGGAGGUGACGGUCAGGUUCCACCGCCGUCUUCUCCUUCGCUGGAGAAGCAGUUCGAGGAGUUUAGGGUUCAGCUGGAAGGAUCUGCGAGCUUGCGAGAGAGGAUUCGAGCUGUGGUUAUGGAGAUUGAGUCAGCGACAAGGCUUAUUCAGGCUAACUUGCUCCUCGUUCACCAAUCGCGACCCGUUCCUGAGGUUGUAGAGAAAGCAAAAGAAAGAAUUGGUGUUUUGAAGGAGCUUUACGGUAAGCUUUCUGAAAUUCUCCAUGAUUGCCAUGGGCAAUAUUACAGGUACCAUGGUGACUGGAGAAGUGAAACACAGACUGUGGUCUCGCAGCUUGGUUUUAUGCACUGGUUAGAAACCGGGACUCUUCUCUCCCACGCAGGAGCUGAAGAAAAACUCGGGUUGAACAGUUCAGAGUUUGGUUUGGACACCGAAGAUUAUCUCAUCGGAGUUUGUUUCAUGUCAAAUGAUAUGCCGAGGUACGUGGUCAACCGAGCGACGGCAGGAGACUAUGAUUGCCCGAGAAAGGUGUUAAAUUUCCUGACAGAUCUUCAUGCAGCGUUCCGAAUGCUGAAUUUGAGGAACGAUUUCCUCCGCAAGAAGUUUGACAGCAUGAAAUAUGAUCUUAAGAGGGUUGAAGAAGUUUACUAUGACGUCAAGAUCCGGGGCUUGGUGGCUCCCGGUGGAUCACAAGGCUGAUAAUGUUCUGGGUAUUCACAAAAAAACGGCAAGGAGUGCUUUUGGAGAAACUGAAAACAGUGGCCAGUUUUAGCUUUGAAUGCUGUAGAACGCUAAGGUUUCCUUUUCCAGAAAAUGAAAACGGCAAGCGUCCUGGGCCGAAGCCCGUUUUCUGUC